AUGGCUACCCCCAGCGCGGCGGAGGAGAUGCAGAGGCUCCAGUUAUCAGACGAAGAGACAGAAGAACUAUGGAACUCGCCCUCACAACGACGCACCAAACCGGUCCCUCAAACAGCAUCAGGAUCAGCAUCAGCAGACAGGUCACAGACUCGAGAAAAUCAGCCCCCGCUGGAACUGGAAGAGGCUCGGGAACUCGCACUUCGAAAUGAACUACAAACUGUGAGGAACGUGAAUCAAGCCAUUGAGGGAGUGCUGGAAAGUCUGGAGCGCGCCAGAGGGAACAUGGAGGCAUUUUCACGUACAGUCGAUUCGGCCUCGACGCUACUGAAUACAUGGACCAGAAUCCUAGCACAGACCGAACACAAUCAACGGGUACUACUCGAUCCCCGAUGGCAAGGCGCCUCUCGCGACAUCGCCGAAAUGGAGAGGGAAGCAGCAGCUAAGCAACAAGCGGCCGAGCGAAGAGAGCGCGAACUCCAAGAACGCCGAGAAGCAGCCGCUAGGAAAGCGGAACAAGAAGAAAAAGCGCGAGCAGUUGCAACAACCGCUACUGGACGAGGUCGUGGCACAACACGAGGAAGAGUGACACGUGCAGGAGGAUUGGGGAGAACGCCGAGCGUCUCUGCUUCUAGGAAUACUUCUACUAGUACGACGAAAACGGGUCGACCAGCUUCGGCGGCAUCUACGCGAAGACCGGUCAGCGGAAUUGCCCGUGGUUCCAGUGCUGCAAGCCGUGGACGCGGGAAACCUUAG